CUCUUUUCACUACAUCACCUAGGUUUAUUACCUACAUCACCUUCUCACCUGCGUUUCUUCCCCAAACACCACCCACCCCAAAAGAACCACCGUGUCGUGGCUGCCAUAUCCCUCCCCACUCGCGUUCCUCCCCCUGCGUGACUGAAGCAGUCUCCUACUGCCGGAAGCCCCCGUGUUUCUCUGACUCGCCCACUUCUGGAAGACGCCCUACAACCGCCUCAUCUCCUCUCCUCUACUGCGCACUGCCGCCGUCUCUGGCUCUCCUCCCACCGGCCACCGCUAGUGCAUAAUCUCCGGCAUAGCUCAUUGAGGCGGGGUACUUUCUAAAGUAAUAGCGAUACGAUUCAACUUGGAGCUAGUGAGGAGUGCAUCGAUCGAAAUUAGUAGCCCCCGUUGAUAUUGAAGUGGCUGCCGCCGCUUAAGCCGACAAUUUACCUUCACUACUUUGGUGACUCCGACCGUUUCUUCUUUUCUCUCUCAUCAUUCUUGCUUCACAAAGAUGGACUCCAUGGUUUUCACUUCAUCUUAUGUAACUAAAUCAUGCUUUCUAAAGAGCAAAGCAAAGGGUGGAAAUGUCAAAUUUUAUGUUCGUAGCUCAAUUGCUUCAGCCCCAAUGAACUUGCAAUUUUCCGAGAAGAAUAAUGUGCAGAAAAGUGUACGAAUUGGUGUUCUUGGUGCUAGUGGUUAUACUGGUUCAGAGAUUGUUCGUCUGCUCGCCAAUCACCCAUAUUUUGGUAUUGCUUUGAUGACUGCGGAUCGAAAGGCUGGGCAAUCAAUUGCUUCAGUAUUCCCACAUCUGGUCACCCAAAACUUGCCGAAUUUGGUUGCUGUCAACGAUGCUGACUUUUCAAAUGUUGAUGCCGUGUUUUGUUGUUUGCCCCAUGGUACAACCCAGGAUAUAAUUAAAGCUCUUCCUGGCUCGCUAAAAGUUGUUGAUCUUUCCGCGGACUUCCGACUGCGAGAUAUUGCUGAGUAUGAGGAAUGGUAUGGUCAGCCUCAUAGAGCACCAGAAUUACAGAAAGAAGCCGUAUAUGGUUUAACGGAAAUAUUAAGGCAAGAGAUUCAGAAUGCUCGGCUAGUUGCCAACCCUGGUUGUUACCCAACAACGAUUCAACUGCCUCUUGUUCCCUUGUUAAAGGCUAAUCUUAUAGAGUACAGUAACAUAAUUAUUGACGCAAAAUCUGGUGUGAGUGGGGCAGGACGUGGUGCAAAGGAGUCUAAUCUAUAUACCGAAGUAGCUGAAGGAAUUCAUGCGUAUGGCGUUACAAGACAUCGUCACGUUCCUGAAAUAGAACAAGGGCUGUCAGAUGUCGCGGGGUCAAAAGUAACUGUCAGCUUCACUCCACACUUGAUGCCGAUGAGUCGGGGUAUGCAAUCAACCAUAUACGUUCAGAUGGCUUCAGGGGUGACAGUUGAUGAUCUCUAUGAACAGUUAAAGGCGUUCUCUGAGAAUGAAGAGUUUGUUUUUUUGUUGGAGAAAGGCGUUGUUCCACACACCCGAAAUGUCCGUGGAUCUAACUAUUGUUAUAUGAAUGUCUUUCCUGACAGAAUAUCAGGGAGAGCAAUUAUCAUAUCAGUUAUUGAUAAUCUUGUAAAGGGAGCAUCAGGUCAAGCUGUACAAAAUCUCAACUUAAUGAUGGGAUACCCGGAGAAUACAGGGCUACUCUAUCAGCCUCUCUUUCCUUAAGGCCUAGCAGGUACACUGUCAAUCGGCCAUGGAUUGCGAAUUGUGCUGAUAUUAAUUAUUCAGUGAUGGUGAUGAUCUCUUGUACCAUGCAACAAAAUCCAUCUAUUCUCUCAUCCGUAAAAGCUUUGUUUACUUUCUGUAUCGUGUAGUUUUGAGACACACUGUAUCCUGUUUAAGAUGAGGUUGCCGUUUAUCUUUUGGCUGCUAUACUGCACUCCCCCAAAACGGACUAUGGAUUAUGUUACACUGCACAAUUUCUAUAUGAAGUUAAGCACAUUUGUUUUGGUGCGAAUUUA